UUUGUAAUUCUUUCUUUUUCGUGUUAGUUGAAUACAAAUUUCACUUUAUGUUUGUUUUUGUAAUAUACUUGUGUAAUUAUAAUCGAAAAAUACGAAUAUAACUCAAGACGAUUGAAGUGGAAAAUGAUGGAAAAUCCUUUAACUUCAACGCCUGCCUUAUCCAGGAUUAGUAUUGGCGGGAGCAGUAACACUUCAAUUAGAAGACGUAGUUUGAUACCUCAAAAUAGAGUGGCCAAUUCAAGAAAUGAGGAGUGCAAUGAUGAUGAUGCUGAAAGGUCAUCACUUGUGGCAUCAGAUCGGGUGGUUGCAUCUACCCCACAGGCAUCUCCACGUCGUGGAAGGGAGACUAUGUCUUCAUCACCACAGAAAGAACAUUUCCAAGGUUGCCUUAAACUUUAUGCAGAAAAUAAAAUAACAAAAGACAAUGCAUGGAAUCUACAAUUGAUAGAUUUUAUGACUUCCAUGCUUCGACGUCACGAUGCUCGUAUGGAUAACUUGCAAACUGCUUCCACUGUGGUUGAUGCUUCUGCUAGAAUAUACUCAUUCAGAGUUGAUGCCGUGCAUUAUGAUGUACUUAAAAUGGCUGGUGGAUUAAUUAAAGCUGCUCAGUCAAAAAGAGGCAAAAAGGAUGAUGAAAAUAUACAAGACGAAGGUGCAUUAGAUGGAGAUGUGAAUGCUGCACCCAUUAAGAAAAAAAAGAAACGAUCUAAAGGAGCGAUAGCAGCAAAUCCAGAAGUUUUUAAUGGUGAUUUCGACAUCAAUGACUGUAUAGAUCCAUUUUUUGAGAGGCUGGCCGCAACUACAGGAGAUGUCACAUCAUCAAAUAGAGCAUUCAAUGCUACAUUACCAAUUCAUGACAAAACUCUUGCGCUUAUUCUGAGGACCGACACCAAGUUUUUAGAACCUAUCAAGGAGAACAUCCCUGAAGAGUUGGACUUGUCACACCGCAUCACCCUCGCCGUAAAGUUACUGCCGCCGUUUUUAGAAACGGAUGCAUUAUGUGAGCCUUUCACGGGCUUCUCUAUAAGCAAUUGGGAUCCGGAUACCGAAGACAAUGGGGAAAACAGAGUGACAAAUUGGGUGGAAGAGAACAGAUUGAAUCUAUCACAGCAAGCCUUGGCUUUUGAUGUCAAUGCUGAAGUGGAGCCAAUACCUCAGGAUGACUUACACAAUGAUUUGUAUGACGAGGAGCCGCUGGGAGGCGUGGAGAGCGGCGAGGAGGCGGACGCGGCCGUGGCGGCGUGCGUGGCGCGCGUGGCCCUCCCCGCGCCCCGCCUGGCCGACGCGCGCCCCUCCGCGCCGCACCACGCGCGCCUCGAGUACUCCUACUGCUCCCUGGCCGCCGCGUGGGCGGGGCCCGCGCACUGGAGACUCAAAAACAACAGAGCAUCAAAGCUUUCCGAGCGAACGCAAUCGAUGGGCGGGCGGCUGAUGGCGGACGGCAACAAGAAGCCGGCGCGGACGAAGCGGCAGUUAGACUUCGAAGGCGCGGGACUCACGUUCGACUGCCGGUCCGCGUCCGUCGGGGACUACGAGCCCAUCCAGCCGGCCAAGAUCAUGAUCAGCAGGAAGACGCUCGCCACGGGACACACGUGGAACGAGACCAACUUUAAAACUCCUAUUGAUAGAGGUCUGGACGAAUCGCACUUCUGCAAAUUAUUUUUACUGCGUAAAGUGACGAUGUCGCGGAAACGUGACAACGAACACAGCAAGCCCGAGGAGCCCGUCACGGUCGAGGCGGUGCGCGACUACGAUUACAAUAAUGAAAAUGAUGCCUCAUAUUGCCCCAACAUACCGCCGGAUGCUGACGAGUGGGGCAACGAGGACGCCACGGCCGCCGGUGACCUGCACGAACAAGUCAAAGCCGUAGAACUCGAAGACAUCGGGGACAUGCUCGAACCACCAACAAAAGUGGCCAAAAUAUUCAUACCAUACGCGAUGCGGGCGAAAAAGGUCGACAUGAAACAAUUGAAAAACUGUACGUGGAAGAUGCUCACUGAAAAAACUCCAGAAGGCUCCAAAGACGAGGUCACGGAAACGUCAUUCUUCUCGAUUUAUUCCAGACUUCCGAGCAAACUGACGCCGAAUAUGAGAGAAUCAUUAAGUGUACCAUUAGCUUUACUCUCAAUUUUGCAUUUAGCAAACGAAAAGGGAUUGAUUUUAGAGAAACAAGAAGACCUUAAGGACUUUGGCAUAAUAGGUUUGAUAAAAUAAUAAAACAACUUGAGGUGAGGUUCUAAAAUGCAUAUUAAAUUUAAACAUAUUCCUCACUACCUGCACUGAAAGCAUGGCUUGCAACAAACUUGUGUUUUGAAUACUCUAUAGUGUUUAGUAUCUCAAAUUUGACCAUAAAAUAUUAGUUAGUCACAAAUUUUGAUUGUUAUUUACAUUAAUUUUUUAGUGAAUUUAUUGAAAGAAAAAAAAACCUAAAAGCCAUUAUUACCUGAACUACAAAACGAAUUGUUUUUGACAACAUCCAUACAUAAUUUAAUAAAUUUGAUGCGUCAUCUGAGAGCUUACCUUAUGUCAAAGUUGUGUAUUGAAAGUAAAAAAAAAAUGUUAUUGUAAUAAAUGUCAGUUUCUUGCAGCAACACUAUUCCAGUUAAUUACAUUAGUUUCUAGGGUCGCGUUUCCUUACUAUCCUACAGAUGAUUAAAUAAUGUGCUAUUAUAAACGUUUCACAAUUACAAAAGCAAUGGAUGUAUGUACCGUAAUUAAAUUUUGAAUAUUGUAAAUAAAGUUUUGACAUGUGUCAAAAUAUAUGAAAAAGUUUGUGAAAACAUUGUAUAGAUGUUUUUAGAAUAGACUGUAUUUUUUAUAUUUAAGUAUUGAAUAAUAUUUAGAUAUGUA